AUGAAGCUUAUCAUCCUGGAGAACUAUUCUCAGGCUAGCGAGUGGGUGGCCAGAUAUAUCAGGAACCACAUCAUCCAGUUUAACCCAGGGCCAGACAAGUACUUCACCCUGGGGCUUCCCACUGGGAGCACCCCGCUUAGCUGCUACAAAAAGCUUAUUGAAUACUACAAAUACAUGAAGACUUUCAACAUGGAUGAGUAUGUGGCUCUUCCUUGAGACCACCCCGAGAGUUAUCACUCAUUCAUGUGGAACAACUUCUUCAAGCACAUUGACAUUGACUCAGAAAACCCUCACAUUCUGGAUGGGAACACAACCAACCUGCAGGUCGAGUGUGACUCCUUUGAAGAGAAGGUCAAGGCUGCAGGUGGGAUCAAGCUGUUUGUUGGAGGCAUCAGCCCCAAUGGACACAUUGCCUUCAAUGAGUCAGGCUCCAGUCUGGUAUCCAGAAACCGUAUGAAGACACUGGCCAUGGACACCAUCCUGGCCAAUGCUAUGUUCUUCCAUGGAGAUCUCGCCAAGGUGCCCACCAUGGCCCUGACAGUGGGUGUGGGCAGUGUCAUGGAUGCUAGAGAGGUGAUGAUCCUCAUCACGGGUGUCCACAAGGUGUUUGCAUUGUACAAGGCCAUCGAGGAGGGCGUGAACCAUACAUGGACUAUGUCUGCCUUCCAGCAGCAUCCCUGUGCAGUGUUUGUGUUCAAUGAGGAUGCCACCCCAGAGCUGAAAGUGAAGAUGGCCAAGUAUUUCAAAGGUUUAAUGCUUGUUCAUAACAAGUUGGGGGACCUCUUGUACAGUAUAAAAGAGAAAGAAGCAGAGAAAAACCAGUCUUCCAAGAAACCUGUGCUGGAACCCAGUGUCAGGUACCUCAUCGGGCUGGGCAGGUGUUUUUGGAAAUUGUCUUUAGGAGAACAGAAUUGUAUUUCUUUUAUCUAG